UAUCCACUGUCAAAUAAUCUGCUCACGGGUAUUGUUAUAAUCUUUCGAGGACGAUCAAAAUUCCUACUAGGACUCAAUCUGUUAUAGAGAAAAUCAUCGGUUGUGAAUCUAAGUUGAAUAAGGUUUGCGACUUGGCGAAAAAGGACGUUUUUAACCGGACGCUACCAAACAUGGAGGGACGGAAGUCGUUUAGCAUUGAUGCACUGUUAUCAAAGACAACCUCGGGUAAGACAUCUAGCCCCGUGCCACCUUCACCUCCCUGCAGCUCACCCCGACCCUCAUCGUCUGGGUCAAGUCAUAUGGGCACCCACACGCCCGAGUCAAGCGUGUCACCCCCCGGGCCGGGGAUGUCCCCCAACACAAGCUUCGUUCCCAGGCCCGGGCUUCUGAACAUCCAACACCCGGCCAUGCUGCAACCCACAAGCCUCGGACUACCCGGCAUGUUCUCCACCCACCCGCUGUACUCGUACCCCGGACAGACCCCCGGGCACCCCCAGAUACCCAUGCUGCCAGGGAGCGCCUUCCACACCCCUGCCGAACAGGCGUUCAAGUUAGCCCAACUCCAAGGCAUCAACUACGCCGAGUGGCUGGCUCGGUCGGGCAUGUACAUGCCAAGAGUAGUCGACUAUCCAGGAAGCUUGUGUUAUGAUGCAGGUGGUGGCCAGGGAGGGCUGGGGAAGACACGCAGACCGAGGACGGCGUUCACGUCGCAGCAGUUGCUGGAGUUGGAGAGACAAUUUAAGCUCAACAAGUACCUGUCAAGACCCAAGAGAUUCGAGGUGGCGACCUCCUUGAUGCUCACAGAAACACAGGUAAAGAUCUGGUUCCAGAAUCGGCGCAUGAAGUGGAAGCGGAGCAAGAAGGCUGCCAUGGAGGCUAAAUGCGGGAAGGAGGAGGACAAGACGCGGUUAGAGGGGACAGACAAACGCACAGACGCACACAAAGUGACGGACGGCGGGGACGAAGUGAACGGUGAUAACAUUGACGUUACGGAAGUGGACAUGGAUGAUUCGGCGGAGACGGAAAUAGACGACAACGAGGACAGUGAUAACGAAAUGUGUGUUUCCCAGAAUUCCACAAACUCUGACCUUGUUUCCGGUGUGUCAAUACCGACGUCGAAUGGCCGAUGUUCUGUCGUUCAGCCUGCACAUGCCUGAUGCAGAGGAAGGCAUUGCGAAUUCUUUUUAUUGGAAGAUCAUCAUCAUCUGAUUCCAUCACAAAGAGAGACAUGGCAAUAUCUUGGAGUCUUCGUGGGAUGCGGACUUCACGCAUUGUGUUCACGUGGCGGCCCACAAUGUCCCAGGACAAAGUGAAUCUCACAGAAACACGAUGGCACCAGGUGGCAGUGUGUAUCUCAGGUCCAGGCCUGACGGACGUAAGUACACGCAGCCGUGUCGAUUGUGAAACAGGCCAUGCGGAUGUUAACAUACGCAUCCGUUUCUCGUGGCUCAGAUCAGGAGGAUAGUACCACACACGGCAUGGUGGCUGUUUAACAGGUCAUGCGGGCCCAAAGAUGAGGGAUAAGCACAGGAGACCGAGUCUUCUGUGGAUCAGGCCAAGAGGACUUUGCACAGGCAACCGUGUCUUCUAUGGAUCAGGCCAAGAGGACUUUGCACAGGCAACCGUGUCUUCUAUGGAUCAGGCCAAGAGGACUUUGCACAGGCAACCGUGUCUUCUAUGGAUCAGGUCAAGAGGACCACAGCACAAGCAACCGUGUCUUCUGUGGAUCAGGUCAAGAGGACCACAGCACAAGCAACCGUGUCUUCUGUGGAUCAGGUCAAGAGGACCACAGCACAAGCAACCGUGUCUUCUGUGGAUCAGGUCAAGAGGACGUCAGGACACGAAAUCGUGUCGAUUGUGAAUAUGACAUCUAGAAUCUAACGCCAACGCGUAGACCUUGACCUUAGAAGGUCUUGAUUCUUGAGAGAUGAUGAAUAUACUUAAAUGACAUCUAAUUAUCAGUGCCAACUCCAUGACGUCGCCAACAUCAGUAUUUCCUCUAGCCUGACUGGCCAUAUGUUUUGUUACUCAUUGUAGCCUGUCAGACAUGUUAUCAAUGUUCAACCACUUCUUAAAGUCUAUCGAUUGCAAAAUGUGGGUGAUGUAUUCUCAGGGUUUAAGACACCUGUCUCAUUGAGCACCGACGAUGAGGUUAAGCGUACCGAACUAUUGCAGUCCUAAUAGGAAGUUCUGUUGAAGUAAAGAAUAGAGGAUUUAAACAAUUGUAGCAUUAUUGCCCAAUGUAAAUAUGAUCUGAAUGAAUGAAGAGGGUGAACUACGAACCUCCUCUCUGCUAGCUGUUGUUAUCAUGUGUAUAUUUUCCGAUGCAUGGCAGUCGGAUAUUAUGUGUUAAAU